UUUUUUUCUCAUCACGGGUCAGUGUUGUAACAAAUUUAGAGAAUUUUGGUGUCUCAACACAAUUAUCACUCAGAAAAAAAAGGGGGGGAAUGGCAAAUUUGCAUGGAAAACUAGAAGCUGAAGUCGAACUGAAAUCACCAGCCGACAAAUUCUUCAAACUUUGGAGGAGCGAAACCCACAAAAUGCCUACUGUCUCCUCCAAAAACGUUCAAGGACUCAAUCUUCAUGAAGGCGACUGGGAUCAGCAUGGAGCUAUCAAGAUUUGGAACUACACCGUUGAUGGAAAAUCUGAGCAGUUCAAAGAGAAGGUCGAGUUCGAUGACAACAACAUGUCAGUCACCCUCCACGGCAUCGAGGGCCACAUCUACGAUGUGUACAAAGUCUACAAGCCGGUGUGCAAGGUCAUCCCGAAGGAGGAAGGCAGUGUGGCUAAGCUGAGCAUCGAGUACGAGAAGUACAAGGCGAGCGACCCUAACCCCGACAGCUACAUGGCCGUGUUCAUCGAGAUGACCAAGGACAUCGAUGCUCACGUUUCAAGCGCAUGAACGAAAAGAUUAUGGCAUGACUAUGAUCGUAUAUGAAGUUACGCUAUAUAAUGCUUGAGAUUUCUAGUUCUUUCCCGUACCGUGAUGAUCCAAUAAAUCAAGCUGGUUGAUCAGGUGAUUUGAAGCUUGAGCUGGGUAUUUGGGGACAUGAGAUAUUGUGUAUCUUGUCCAUGUGUAAUUGUGCUUGUAAUAAGACUUGCAGUUUUUGCAAAAUUAUAUGGUUAUGGGGAAGCUAGUACA